AUGUCCCUGUUUUCAUCACUUCCUGUCCUCCUGUGUGUGAUGACAGUACCCUUCUCAAAUACAAAAGCCACUGAGGAUGCUCAGAAGACCUGUCCAGUGGUGGCCUGUGCCAUCCCAGUCACUAACGGCACCCCAGGAAGAGACGGGCGAGAUGGACCCAAGGGAGAAAAGGGAGAACCAGGGCAAGGGCUCAGAGGCUCCCAGGGCCCUCCAGGGAAAAUGGGGCCUCCAGGAAAUAUAGGGAACCCUGGGCUUCCAGGACCCAGGGGCUACAAAGGAGAUCGUGGCGCUAGCUCGGUUGCCGAGGCUAAGCUGGCUAGCUUGGAGGGACAGAUAAGGAACCUGCGAUCAGAACUGGAUCAUGUCAAAAAGUUGCAAACCUUCUCCUUGGGCAAAAAGUCUGGGAAGAAGCUGUACGUGACCAAUGGUGAAAAGAUGCCUUUUUCCAGCGUGAAGGCUCUGUGCACUGCACUUGGGGCCACCGUGGCCACACCCAAGAAUGCAGAGGAGAACAAAGCCAUCCAGGACAUGGCCCCCGACAUCGCCUUCCUGGGCAUCACAGAUGAGGUGACCGAAGGGCAGUUUAUGUAUGUAACUGGAGGAAGGCUAGGCUACAGCAACUGGAAGAAGAAUGAGCCCAAUAACCAUGGCUCAGGGGAGGACUGUGUGCUCCUCUUACCAGAUGGGCUCUGGAACGACAUCUCCUGUUCUUCCUCCUUCUUGGCCAUCUGUGAAUUUCCAGCCUGA